CUCACGAGGCGGAGUCUUUCGAUCCCCCUGUGCCUCCCCGGUGGUCCUCUCUUUACUGCCGUUUUCUGUCACGGAACCCACUCGAACUCUCUCGGAUCAGAAGCCAAAGAAGACAAAAAGACAAACGCCGUGUGCGAGCAUGUGAAAUGUCGACUUAGCGAGGGAAGAUGUUCUCCUUUGGGAAAAGAGCCCCGAAGAAGUUGCUGCUGUGGAUCUGCGGGCUGUUUUGGUGGUCGCUCCUGGUCGAGCUAGCGUCGGGAGCGUCCUUUUAUGGCGAUGGCUUUGUACAGCUGAAGGCAACAGGGUCGUCCGACCAUAACAAGCUCCACAUUCGCUUCCGAACUUCCAGUACCAAUGGCCUGCUGUUUCUCGCCGCCGGCCAGAGCGUCUACUUUCUGCUAGAGCUCAAUGCCGGUCGCCUGCAGCUGAAACUGGACUUGGGAUCUGGGGAGCAACUCCUGCGAUCCGAGAGAGGCACGCAGCUCAAUGACCUCGCCUGGCAUUCCGUGGAGGUCAACCAUUUCAAGCGCAAUGUCACUCUGACAGUCAACAAAAACUCUCACACAAGUGCAAAGAUCCCCGGCCCCCAUCAUGUUCUCAGCAUCUCAGAUGGUAUCUAUGUAGGAGGUUCGGUUGGCCUUGACAGACUUUACAACCCCAGAGACCUAAUUGGCUUUCGAGGCUGCAUGGAAGAUGUCGUCUUCAACGAACAUGACCUGCUGUCGUCGCUGAGGCCAUACACUGGAUUCAAAACCGUCCACGAGGUGUCGCUAGGUUGUAGUCCUCAGUUUUUUGCCACCGAAGAGGACCCCGUUAGCUUUUUUAGCUCCAGGGCGUACAUUUCUCUCCCUCCCUGGAAUGGCCAUCAAGAAGCGGUGUUCGAGUGUGUUGUGCAUACUUCGGCCAGAGAGGGCAUAGUCCUGUACAGCUCUGCCAAAGAAGGGGACUUUGUGGCACUGGAAAUUCAAGAAGGCUUGCUCGUGGCGAUCGUCGGGAAAGGGGGUACCAAAACGGAGCUGAGUUCACUUACGUUUAUCAAUGACAGGAAAUGGCAUGCUCUCAAGAUGCGCUUCAAUUCUAAAACGCUGGAAUUAACCGUUGAUGGGGAAAUGGUGAAAAGCAGUGUUAGCUCCCGCUCGAAGGGACUGCACUUUAAAGGCUCCAUUUUUAUCGGAGGCAUCGAUGACAGCACCAGAUCAGAAGUCCGCAAGGUUGAGUUGAUGUCUGUGGCAGGAAAACGAAUGCGAGGAGGCUCCUUCAAAGGAUGUAUGAAAAAUAUCGAAGUGAACGGAGUGAAGAUGGGCCUCGCCAAUGCGGUCGUCACAAAGGAUAUCUCAGUUGGCUGUCAACCUGAGAAAGAACCGGUGCCGUCGACCACUGCGAGUCCAACAAGUGCUCCGGAAUCUUUAUUUUUCUUGGUGAGCCCAACACCGUCACUGUCGACACUCGCAAGGGGUUUGGACAGAAGGUAUGGCUCUCAUUUCGUGCAGCUAAAACCCCUGAUAGUUGAAGAAGGCGGCCGGGCGUCUCUCGAGGCCAAGCACAUCAAGGUACUCUUGGAUUUCAAGAUGCUUGGUAUUCGUCAGUCUCAAAUCGUAUUCCAAAUUCAAGAACAGCCACUGCAUGGUCACAUCAGGCUUGACGUUGAUCAGGACCAACCUCAGAAUACCUUCAGCAUGUUGGACCUUUGGCAUGAACGAGUAAUGUACAUCCAUGGAGGCUCGGAGGAUCCAGAUGACUUCUUCAUGUUUUCAAUCGCUUCCAGCAGUCAGAAAGAAGUCCCGGAUUAUCUCCGAGCGAACAAAUUGUACCGCUUCAACAUUACAGUAACACCCACCAAUGACGCACCUGAAUUGAGUCUCCCCGAAGGCAAUCUUUUUGUCUUGUUGGAAAACUCCAAAAAACGACUCACCGCAGAUGUUCUGAAGGCCACAGACAUUGACAGCAACCAUAGCAAUCUUGUUUUUACCGUGCUCGGGAAUUUGAAUGCAGACGCGGGCUAUUUGGAAAUCGAGAACAACCCGGGAACAGCGGUGACCUCAUUCUCUCACUCAGACUUGCAAGAAUUGGGAGUGUAUUAUGUUCACACAGGGGUGAGAAACUCGAGGAUAGUGAUUCGAGUCAGCGAUGGGGAGAAGGUUAGUAACACUGUCGUUUUAAGGGUGAUGGCUGUAGCCCUUGAGUAUAAAAUCGCUAACAACACAGGUCUGGAGGUCAAUCAAGGAGAAAUAGCCGCAAUCGGUUCACAGCAAUUGUCCGUCGAAACCAACGCUGUCAAGCAAAUGAUUGACAUCCGUUAUGAUGUAAUUGAAAACCCGCAGUACGGAGAGCUCCAGAGACUUCACUCAAGUGGCGAAUGGAGGCCCACGGACUCGUUUUCCCAAAGGCUUCUGGAAAAGGGACGUCUGAGAUACGUCAGCACCUACCGCGAGAUCCAGUCAUCCAAUGCCACCGAUCACUUUAAAUGUCAAGUCCUCGUAGCUGCAAGGGCAACCGCGGAAGUCGUUUUCCCAAUCACCGUGAAAUGGGUGCGGUACAAUUUGCUGAGAAAUGUCAUGAUGGACUUGGAUAAAGUUAGGAAAGGCACGCUUGACUCGGAUUAUCUGUUUGCUGCAGCCACGGGUGUGAUUGUAUCCGAGGAGGAUCUUUAUUUUAGGGUUCUCACCACCCCAAAGAAAGGAAAACUGCUCCUGGACAAAACCGUCCUGACAAAGAACUCAACCUUUAGUCAAAGAGAUGUCACGGAUCGAAAAGUACACUAUGAACUAGUUGACCGGCCUCAUGAGGACACGCAUGACAGAUUCAAGUUUCACUUGUUUUCCAAACACGCUCAGUCCCAGAACUAUGAUUUUCAGUUUUCGAUUAAAGCCGACGUGAACAACGUUUUCAUCAGGAAUGCCGGAUUGGUUCUUCGAGAGGGGGAAAGUAAGCUGAUCACAAAAAAUGAGCUGUUCGCAGAAACAUUACUGACGCAGGAUAUGUACUACACUGUGCUAAGCAGUCCCAAACAUGGAAGCCUUGCUCGUAUUUCUCAGUCUAAUUCGAACUCGAGCUAUAACAACAUCUUAACCUUCAGCAAUCAAGAUCUCUUAGAAGACCGGAUCAUGUAUGUUCACAACGAUGGGGAAACAAGUCAGGAUGAGUUCACUUUCAUUGUCUCUAUCGCCCAAGGUUUCAAAUCCUUCAUCGCGGAUGAUGACAUCGGGUCCAAAGAAGGAACGUUCAACAUAUCCAUUCAACUUGUCAAUGAUGAGAAACCGGUACGUGUCAUUGAUAAAGUGUUCCAUGUCGUGAGGGAGGGACGGCGGCUGCUCACUGUGGAAGAUUUACGUUACCACGAUCCAGACUCCGAUUUUGACGAUGGCCGGUUGAUUUACGUCCGUCGCGGAAUUCCCAUGGGAGAUUUGGUGCUGGCGAAUGACACAAGCCAUCGGCUCUUUGAGUUUCGGCAGAAGGAUUUAGAAGAAAAGAAAGUGUUGUUCAUUCACAAAGGCGCAAGCGUCGGCAGGUUUGUGCUCUUUGUCUCCGAUGGCAAAAACUUUGUGUCAAGUCUUUUAGACAUCAGUGCACAGGAUCCUUUCUUGCAAGUUGUCAAUAAUACCGGUUUACUGGUGCAGAAGGGACAGUCCGUUAUAUUUUCCGCAAGUAAUUUUACCAUCAGAUCCAAUCUGGAUAUACGAGAUGACCAAGAAGUUACCUUCAGGUUGGAUCACGCGCCGAAGUACGGAAGACUCUACCGAGACACAAACGCGGUGGAGUCAUUCACACUGUCUGACCUCAAGAACGGAUUCAUCUCUUAUCAACACGAUGACAGCAAACAUCUGGCGGACCAUUUCAAUUUGACGGUCACGGCGAAGGACAUCCACCUUGCAGCGAGGAUCAAUGUGAAGGUUUACCUGGAAAGUCACCAGAGGCCGCCCAUCGUGCAGCAUCGCAACAAUCUCCUGGUUGAGGAAGGAAAACCAGUCAAGAUUGACGAGACUAAACUUGAGGUCACACAUGAAGACAAUGUGCCAUCCGAGAUCGCGUUCACUGUCAAGGCGGGUCCCUAUCAUGGCUUUCUCCGACAUUUUAUGGAAGCAGACCAACGUUACGUCGGAAGCGAGGAGUCUCCUGUCAAGACAUUUACCCAAAAGGACAUUAACAGCGGAAGCAUCCAGUACGUGCAGGUGGAGCCCAACAAAGUCAACGACACCUUUGUCCUGGAGGCCACCAAUGGCGUCACCGACGUAGGCGACAUUAGCGUGUCGGUCGAUAUCAUACCCCGUCGCAUCCCACUUCACGUCUUCAAUUUCACCGUGGAAGAAGGUGGCUACAAGGCCCUGACAAAGGAAGUACUUCAAGUCAACAACCGACACUUUGCUGGCAUUAACUUCCUUUUUAAUGUGACUAAGCCCCCACGUCACGGCCGCAUCGAGCACUCCCGACAUCCCGGAGUGCCCUUGACGUCUUUCAGCAGGAGGCAGGUGGAGCAUGAAUUCAUCUACUACGUCCACGACAGCAGUGAGACCUUAGCAGACAACUUCACAGUGGUUGCCAACGACACAGGCCUGAAAAAGCAGAGUGAGGCUCGCGCGCUGUUCAUCCAGGUUACAGCUGUCAACGAUGAGCCCCCCGUGAUCACUUCCAACAGAGUCCUCAGGGUUUGGGUGUCCUCGGUGACAGAGAUCAGCCUGGAGGACUUGAGGGCGCAGGACCUCGACACAUCCCCGGAGGAGCUCCACUUCAUGGUGACCCCACCCAGCAACGGCCACCUGGCCCUAAAGAGCGCCCCCAUGACAGCCGUGCUCAACUUCACCCAGGCCCACAUAGACCGGGGACAGCUGCUGUUUGUGCAUAAAGGUGCCAUGUCCGGAGGGUUUAACUUCCAAGUCAACGACGGUGUGAAUUUUACUCCCCGGCAGAUCUUUAGCAUCACUGCUAGAUCCUUGGUCCUCAAUUUGGCCCAAAAUCGCCCCCUUAAGGUUUUUCCAGGUUCCUCAACGCCAAUUUCAAAUGAGGAAUUGCAAGUAGUAACCAACGACGUCAGCCAUACUUCGAACCGCACAAUUACGUUCCGGGUCAUUCGACAUCCCAAACUGGGGCGCCUGGUGAGAAAGCAGUCUGAGAAUUUCUCCGUUGACAUUUCCACGUUCACGCAAGAUAUGGUGGAUCGGAAAGAGGUCUUGUACAUCCAAACCCCCGUUGAGGCGGCGGGCUGGGAAGCCGCGGACUCGCUGAGCUUCUCUGUGACAUCACCACCUUCAUCCCUGGAGAGUCUCACCUUCAAGAUUGACAUCUCCUAUGAGAAUAAAGGACCUCGACAUAACACGAUCCUUUUGGCGAACACCGGCGCUCAGGUCACGGAAGGAGAGAGCGUCGUUAUUGAUGAGACCAAGCUGGAUGCCACGAACCUGAUGUCGAAGCUGCCAACGCCUCAGCGGAGCGCCAACGAAGUCUGGUUCCAGGUGACGUCGUUGCCGCAGCACGGUGUCAUCGUCGUCGGCGAAAGAAACCUCACCAAGGAGAAACCCAACUUCUCUCAGUUCAUCGUCAACAAAUACGGCAUCACCUACAAGCACGACAACUCGGAGACAAGCCACGAUUCCUUCGCCUUCAGCGCGUGGGUGAACCCAAAGGGCAAAACUGCCCAAAGGCCUUUCGAUGACAUGGAUGUCAUCGACGAGUCUUUCAACAUUACAAUUUCUGCUGUGAAUGAUCAGCCGCCUGUGUUGAAGACCAAAGCGCCGAGUCUGACCGUGGUACAAGGAGAGUCUGUUGCCAUUAAACCGGAGAACCUCAGCGUGGAAGACUUAGACAAUCCCCCCGACGAUAUCGUCUUCUCUGUGAUUAGCAAGCCCAAUAAUGGUUACCUGGCCCUUGACGGAAGAUUGAAUGAAUCGAUUGGCACCUUCACCCAAGCCCAGAUCAAUAAUGCGAGUGUUUAUUUUAUCCAUGAUGGCAGCCCUACGUCAGGGGUGUUUUACUUCAGCGUGACUGAUGGCCACCAUAAGCCGAUUUACAAACUCUUUAACCUCGAUGUGACCAAGAUCAGCAUCUCGCUCGUCAACCACACGGGGCUGACACUUGAGCAAGGGAGCACAGCCGUUUCUCUGAUUCGAGACAACUUGGCCGCCAGGACGAAUGGCAGGAACGCCACAAUUCACUACCUGAUUUUAAGACCUCCGAAGUUUGGCAAACUGUUGCUGGACGACCGAGAGGUGUUCCAGUUUGAGCAGGAAAUUGUACAGGCGGGACAUCUCGCUUAUCACAUGACCGAUCUUUCAUCCGCGGAAGACAGCUUUGAAUUCACGGCCUUCACUUCUGAGGCCAAUCUGAGUGCGCAGGUGUUAAACGUCACUGUCACUCCUCUGAUCCAGCUUGGCAAAAGUGUCCAGGCACCCAACGGCAUUGUUCUAAAACUGAACUCCGCGUCCCUUGAUGCCUCGAAACUGGCUGCUAUUUGUAGCUGCGACCCCGUAUUUGAAAUCGUCUCACACCCCAAUAACGGGAAAGUGGUUCGGCCAAAGACGAAAAACUGGCGUAAAUCUGAAGCGGUUGAGUCGUUCACGUUCCAGGAUGUCAUGCAAGAGAAAAUAAGCUUGGAGUUGAAUGCCAACUUGACAGGAGUUCAAGAUUUAAACGACUCGCUGGUGUUUUUACUGAAAGCCGACAAUGUCCAACCUGCUAAAGGGGAGUUCCAUUUUACCAUUGUGCCGCAUGAUCCCGCGGCUGUUCCAACCACAAAAAACCCCGUGGUCACAACAUCAUCUCCUCCUCAGACAACAAUCCAGACGUCGAGAAAUGCUCCUGCUUCAGACCGCUCCACGGCUGUCGUUUACACCCAGCAGCCUAGCAAAAACCAACAACGAUUCAAAGGACGCAACCGCUGGGGGAAGUCCAAUCGAACGGGCGUUUUCAGCACAACCCUCGCGAAACCGACCACAGGAACUGCUCAUUUUCCCUUCAUGAACACACCCGUUCGUGUGGAAUCCUACCCGCAAAAAAGCUCCAACCCUCUUCUGGUUAUCUUACCGCUACUCGCUCUGCUGCUGCUUGUGAUCAUUUUCGUGGUGCUGGUUGUUUUCCUUCGACACGACCGGCGACGGAAGCAGAGGACCGCCACGCCGAAGGAGGGACCUCCCGCCGGUCUCCCAAGCAGCCAGUCGUACCAGGGCCAGCCCCAGAGGAGCGCCGCCGCCCCUACUGUCACCGUCACCCCACUCAGCCCCGGCAGCACAGGCAGCCCUGCUCUCAGUCACUUACUGGUACGGAACCAGCGCCCGUACAAUCAUAGCACGGCUGAUUCCAACGUUCUCAUAAGCUCUUGGAGUAGCGAUUCUCCCACUGCGUCGUCCCAAAUUCUCCAGACCGCCUCUCCUUCUCUUCAGAGGAAUCAGUAUUGGGUUUGAGCGCAAACAGUUGGGGCGCAUAGAAUUGUCCAAAAUGUCUCGGUAAGAUGAAUUAUUCAAAAGCAAUUAAGGGUUAUUGACCAACCUUCAACCUUUUUUUGGGGCUGAUUCUCGCCCAAGACUAGACUCCAUUUUGAGUAUGUCAAAGUGACACUGUACCAGUCUGUCCGCCUCAGAUGAAAGAUGUGAAAUCAGGCGGAAAAGUUAUGUAGCUCAAAAAAUGGCCGAUGUACUGUAUAUCUCACAAGAAGAAGGGACGGAAAAAUUUUUACCGUUCUGUCAACAAAGAGGGGCUGUUACAGAACUGUCGAGAAAUCACUUUAAUGUGUCGAGAUGGAGGCACUUUGGUCAUUCUAGCUGGCUAACAUUAAAUGUCCUUGCAUUGACAAAAAGUCUCUCAUCGACCACAAAAAAAAGCUUUAAUAAUU